AGCCUCUCGUCACCGUCAUCAUCAUCUUCGCCGAAGUUCAUCUUCCUCUUCUUCCGCCAUUAUUACAAUGCUCCGUACACCUCACCUCUCCCUGCUACCAAAGCCCUCCGUCUUCCCGCUCCGGGCUCUUCCCGGAACCCACCGCCGCGCCAUUUUCCUCAGAAUUUAUGCUCUGUCGAGCAACGACAUUAAAGUGGGGACCAGCCUUGAAGUCGACGGAGCUCCCUGGAGAGUUCUUGAGUUUCUUCAUGUAAAGCCUGGGAAAGGAGCAGCCUUUGUGAGGACCAAACUCCGGAAUUACAUAACGGGGAACACUGUUGAGAAGACUUUUCGAGCUGCAAGUUCGAUUGAAGAAGCUAAUGUCUUCAAGGAAACCAAGCAGUUCACUUACAAGGAUGGUUCGCAAUUCGUGUUCAUGGACUUGAGUACGUUCGAGGAAAUUCGUCUCAAUGAAGGUGAUGUAGGUGACAAGACAAAGUGGCUCAAAGAGGGUAUGAACUGCAAUGUGUUGUUCUGGAAUGGAAAGGUUAUUGACUUUGAAUUACCUAUAACAGUCCAACUGACCAUUGUAGAUGUUGAUCCUGGUCUUAAGGGUGACACCGCUCAAGGUGGGUCGAAACCAGCAAAACUUGAUACAGGUGCUGUAGUGAACGUCCCAUUAUUCGUAAACAUAGGUGAUGAAAUACUGGUGGAUACAAGAACCGGGCAAUACAUGAGUCGGGCAUGAGUAUUUCCCUGAGAAUCCUUUGUGUGUAUCAGAGCCAUGCUGUGUUCAUGAGGAGUAGAUAGCAGAAGAGAUUGCAAACCCUUCAGAAAUCUCUUCUCGGAGUAAUUUGUUCGUUUCUGUAUACAUAUUCGGGGGUUCCUCGGUGGUACACCAUGCCUACUGUAACAAUACAGUAAAUUGUUGAGGCAAAGAAGGCAAAAUUUUGUGCCCUGAAAGCUUA